AGAACACAGUGCAUGGCAGCACAAAGCAACAACUCCUCUGUUCUAGUCUCUGAAUUCCUCCUCAUCUGCUUCCCUAACUACCAGACUUGGCAGCACUGGCUGUCUCUGCCCCUCAGCCUGCUCUUCCUCCUGGCCAUGGGGGCCAACGCCACCCUCCUGAUCACCAUCCGCCUGGAGGCCUCUCUGCAUGAGCCCAUGUACUACCUGCUCAGCCUCCUCUCCCUGCUGGACAUGGUGCUCUGCCUCACCGUCAUCCCCAAGGUCCUGGCCAUCUUCUGGUUUGACCUCAGACCCAUCAGCUUCUCUGCCUGCUUCCUCCAGAUGUUCAUCAUGAACAGUUUCCUGACCAUGGAGUCCUGCACUUUCAUGGUCAUGGCUUAUGACCGCUAUGUGGCCAUCUGCCAUCCACUACGGUACCCCUCCAUCAUCACUAGCGAGUUUGUGGUCAGGGCCGCCAUUUUUAUCAUGGCCCGGAAUGUCCUCCUUACUAUGCCUAUCCCCAUACUGUCUUCCCAAUUGAGAUACUGUGCAAGAAUUAUUAAGAACUGCAUCUGCACUAACAUGUCUGUGUCCAAACUGUCUUGUGACGACAUCACCUUCAACCAGCUCUACCAAUUUGUGGCAGGCUGGACACUGCUGGGUUCUGACCUCAUCCUUAUUAUUCUCUCCUACUCCUUUAUCUUGAAAGUUGUGCUAAGGAUCAAGGCUGAGGGUGCUGUGGCCAAGGCCCUGAGCACAUGUGGGUCCCACUUCAUCCUCAUCCUCUUCUUCAGCACAGUGCUGCUGGUUCUGGUCAUCACGAACCUGGCCAGGGAGAGGAUUCCCCCGGAUAUCCCCAUCCUGCUCAACAUCCUGCACCACCUCAUUCCCCCAGCUCUGAACCCCAUUGUUUAUGGUGUGAGAACCAAGGAGAUCAAGCAGGGAAUCCAGAACCUGCUGAGGAGGUUGUAA